AUGGCCCCUCUCGGUUUUCUACCAUCCGUCGGGGUUGCCGCCCUCGUCGCCAUCGCGUACAAUCUUGCCUGGCCCUUCUUCCCCUUCUUCCGCAAACCUGGGCUUGGCCGCUACCUCAGGGCCGUCGACGGAAAGCCCGCGUGGGCCCUCGUCACCGGCGCGAGCGACGGCAUCGGCAAGGGCCUCGCCGACGAACUCGCCCGCCGCGGCUUCAACGUCAUCAUUCACGGCCGCAACGAAGCCAAGCUGGGUGACGUCCGGCGCGGCCUGGCCCUGCGGCACCCGGGCCGGGAGUUCCGGAUCGUGGUCGGCGACGCGGUGGCCCUAGGCGCUGGCGCGCGACCAUGGGAUGCCAUGCUGGCCCCGCUGAAGGACCUCAACUUGAGGGUGUUGGUGAACAACGUCGGCGGCGUGCCGAUGGUCCCCGUCCUGCGGCGUCUCGACGAGUCCACGUUGGAGGAGAUUGCAGACAACGUGCAUAUGAACGCCCUGUUCCCGACGCUGCUGUCUGCGAUCCUCCUGCCGAGGCUCAGGAACCCGGCGGCGCCCGCGCUUAUUAUCAACGUGGGCUCGAUUGCCGACAUGGGGCUGCCGCUGCUGUCGUUCUACGGUGGCUGCAAGGCGUACCUGGUCGCGCUGUCGACGAGUAUGGUUCGCGAGCUCGCGAUCGCCCAGGCGGAUGUUGAAGUUCUCGGGAUGAGGGUCGGGGCGGUGGCGACGAGGAGAGAGUUGAUGCCGCCGCGGGUGUUCUGGCCCUCGGUCCAGACGAUGGCAGAGAGCAUCCUGGACCGGGUUGGAUGUGGGCGCGCGGUGGUGGUGCCGUAUUGGGGGCAUGCGCUACAGAUGUGGCUCGCGGACUUGGUGCCGGCGGUCUUGGAGGAACCGCUGGUCAAGAUGAUUAUGGGGAGACUAAGCUUCUUGGAGAAGAAGCUAUACAGCAAGGAGAAAUGA